UAACUGGCUACAUACCAUCGUAAGAUAGAUUAGAACAAUUUUAAAUAUAAUAUGUAAUAUAAAUAUUUUACAUGAACAUCGAGCUGAGCAGUACAUAGAGGUUUUCAGAAGUGGUUGCUUCGAGGUUUGCUCAUCAUUUUGUUGAUGCACUUCAAUGAUAACCGGCAUUGUUAGGACGUUAUUGGGUAUUGGUAAACGUUAGUUCGGAAAUUCGGAAUUAGCGUUUAAUUAUUACUGAGCAGCAAUUAUUGCUGAGAAUUAGUUAAUUAACUGUAUCAAUUUCGCGAUCAACAUGACAAAAGACGAAAGUUUGGAAAAGAAAUCGAUAGAACGUAAUGAUAGCGAUAAGAAAACAAUCAUGGACUCGGGGCCAGAUCCCUCAGCCCCAAUCACGAGAAAAGGUGUAUUGACAUCUUUUCUAACUGGCAAACCUAUGGAAAUACCAGAACAAGAUAUCCUUGGCAAAUGCAGAUUUGUUUCUGAAUUUGAGAAACUCAAUCGUAUUGGAGAAGGUACUUAUGGGAUUGUAUAUCGAGCAAGAGAUACUAAAAAUGAUAAGGUUGUUGCAUUGAAAAAAGUAAGAAUGGAGCAUGAAAAGGACGGAUUGCCAGUAAGUGGUCUCAGAGAAAUUUCAGUUCUGUUAUCAUGUCGGCAUGAAAACAUAGUACACCUGAGAGAAGUAGUGGUAGGAAAAAGUCUUGAAAGCAUAUUUCUUGCAAUGGAGUAUUGUGAACAAGAUUUAGCAAGUCUGUUAGAUAAUAUGCAGGCACCGUUCUCAGAAAGUCAAGUGAAAUGCAUAGUGCUUCAAGUAUUGAAGGGUCUUCGUUAUUUGCAUCACAAUUUCAUCGUUCACAGAGACUUAAAGGUCUCUAAUCUUCUUAUGACUGACAAAGGUUGUGUAAAAAUUGCCGAUUUUGGACUAGCUAGGUGGUUUGGUUUGCCAUUAAAACCAAUGACUCCUAGAGUGGUCACAUUGUGGUAUAGAGCACCAGAAUUAUUACUGCAAGCAAAAACACAAACCACUUCUGUAGAUAUGUGGGCAGCUGGAUGUAUACUAGGCGAAUUACUGGGUCAUAAACCUUUAUUACCUGGCAGAUCAGAAAUCGCACAAUUAGAAUUAAUUGUCGAUUUACUGGGUACACCCAGCGAAGCCAUUUGGCCGGAAUUUAAUUCAUUACCAGCGUUAAAGAAUUUCACACUCAAACAGCAACCUUACAAUAACUUGAAACAAAGAUUUCCUUGGUUAAGUGCAGCAGGUCUUAGGUUAUUGAAUUUUUUAUUCAUGUACGAUCCCAAGAAAAGAGCAACUGCUGAAGAAUGUUUACAAAGUAGUUACUUCAAAGAAGCACCUUUACCUUGCGAUCCGAAACUUAUGCCUACGUUCCCGCAACAUAGGAAUAUGAAAAAGACGGCCGCGCAGAAAGAAGUCCGUGAUCAAGAACCUAUUGUUACCGAUCAAACCAACAAUCUACCAGCAAUUUCGGAUCUUCUUGGAUCGUUAGUUAAGAAAAGACGAGUCGAGUAAAGAAAAGCCAAUCUGAUAAACGAUUUAACAUCGACAUUUUUGAAGAAAAAGAUCACUUUUUCUCAUGAUAAUGUAUGUAUACUUAUUCUGUUAAUACAUCUUUUUAUAUAAAAAUAUACAUAUAUAUACGUUCUUACAGAUGUAUUUGGAAGCAAAUAAAAUAAAAUAAUUGUCACUCUUAGUAUGUUUAUGAAAAAUACUGGUUUUUUACUGGAUAAAAAUUUACUAAAUUUUGCAUGAGUGUAAAUUUUCUCUUCAAUGAUCAAUAUAUUUUAUAUAUUAAAACAC